AAGAAACAUUCGUGUGGUAGAAGAUCAAGAUAUUUAACGGCCUCGUUCAUGAUUUACGGAACGUUAGCUGUGACGGAGGAGUCAACUGCAACCACGGGGGCUACUUGGCUUCGUAAUAUCACCAUCCAAGGAGAGAUGAGCAGUAGCAGCGGAAGUUUUGGAGUUGGUGUUGGCGUCGGCGUCGCCGGUGGACCAACACUUGCUGCGGCACAACAGAGUCAAGGUGUCGCAGCUUUGUUGGUGAUGCUUGCCGUAUUGUGUUUCAUUUUUGCUUACUGUUGUUGGGGUGCCCCGUUCUGUAGAUCACUUUGUAGACGACAUUGCUGUUGUCGUUUGGAGGAUCCUGAGCCAGAUUCACGUUUUGGUAAUAGCGAUCAGACGAUGGUUGCUACACCAACGAUCAUUCUUUUACCACAUGGUAGAAUGCUCGUGGUUGAUGGUACUAUGUUUACACAGUUCCAAGCCGAUCCUACUGGUUUGGAUUUGGUUGAAUUGGGCGAUAGUGUACUUCGUGCACAAAGAAAUCCACGUAGUAUUAAUCGACAUCAGUUGCAAAACAGUCAAGGUAGUAUAUUGGAAAUGGAUGCUGAAACUCCUAGCAAAGAUAGUCUAGGAUCUAUAGCAUGUUUUCCACCGCCUACUUAUGAAAGCAUUUAUGGCAAAGAAGAGACUGAUAUGCCGCCCUCGUAUUCCGACAUUCUAUUGCAUAGAUUUGCUAAUCUUCCUCACGAGUUAGAUAUGCACGAUUUUUGCCGUAACGACAAAGAAGAAAUCGAAAUGCAAAGUUUAGAGGGUUGUCCUCAUAUAGUUGGUAAUCCCAUGAACGUAUUGACCUAUCCUUAUGCAACAGUAACGAGUUUCUCUAGUCAAAGUUUCCCACGAAGGAACGUCUCGAGAAAUCCAUCGAUCAUCAGUAAUCCCUUGGAUAAUUAUUACAUGGACAACGAUUUAGGGCUAUAUAGAUUAAGCCAAGAAAUGGGUCAUCGUGUCUCAAGCAACACGAACUUGAGUACUUAUAGAACUUCGCAUGAUGAUAUUACGUUCCAAUUAUUUCAUGAGAAUGAAAAUCACCAAAGAGAAAAUUUAGUAGAUAAUGAAAAUCAUCGGUCGAAUUCACAAAAUGUUAUUCCAAACAAUGAACAAAGAUACGCCCAUAGGGUGGAUGAAACACCAAACCCCUCUGAGAAUACAGCAACGGAAAAUAAUAUAAUGAAUACGAGGAAUCGUGCACGAAGUAUCUCGCGAAUAAGUAACGACAGUAAUACAAAUAGAGAACGUGUUUCUAGAGACAACGAUCAAGCUGGUGUCGCUUUUGUCAGACACGUUAAUUCUCACGCAACGGAGACUUCCCUCGAUGUUCCACAUGAAAUGUGCAACGUAAAUAGGGUAAACGAAAUAUCUCAAACGCAAUUAUAUCGUGGAGAACAAUCGAAUGCGAGAAAUGUUCAUUUUCAAAAUACACAAACUAACGAAAUCAACCAAAACAACGAAGCUAGUCCAAAUAUAAGGUACCUUCAUAGAAGCAGGCGAAGCGAGAACGAAAGUAGAACGCAAAAUGCUGAUAGCGAGUCUGGAUAUUCUGAUGACGACGCUGGUAAUUUUGGUGCUCUUGCUGAUAUUCGCGAGAGUAGGGUCUGAUGAAAUAUUGCCAAUUGGACGAUAUGUUUUUAGGAAAUGCUAACAUCGCGCCCUACUUUUACUUAUUUUAUAUACUUUCAAAAUUCCUUCAUUUUCUGAUACACUUAACUUUAAUGAUAACGCACACGCAGUGGUAUAGAGUAGUAACUAAUGAAAUAAUUAAUAAAUGCUGCUCUUCAAAUUUAUAUGAAAGAUUUUUACGAUUAUCAAAGCAAAGAAUAUAUUUACGCAUUUCUUAUUAAAAAGAACAUACUGUUUUUCUUUAUAUAUAAUAUAUUGGUAUUCGAAAUGUUUAGAGAAGAUCAAUGUUUAUUAUGGUAUAUAUAUUUAUUGCGAAUGAGAUCAUUCUGUUGAUAUGAAAUAUCAAAUUUCAAGUUACAACCCUUUCUACUCAGUGUGCGAUUAUAUAAGUGAUAUACAUAUAUGUAUAUACAUGUAUUAUGUUGCAUUGCAUUAAGCAAUAAUAGUACACUUCCUUUAAGAAGAUUGGUGAAUAUUAUUAUAUAUCACUAUUAAAUGUCAUACCAAUAAUUGAUAAAUUUUUACCUAGAAUCUGUUAAAUAAUAUUAUAUUCUCUCCAGAAAUAAGAUUACUUUAAUAAAAAAUUGCUUGAAAUUCUGGCGCUAAACAGUCCAGGUACGCCUGACAAUAUCUUUUAAUAGAUAAUAAUUGAAGUGUAUGGUGAUAUCAGUAUCAAUUAAUUUAAAGACUCGGUAAACUUAUGUGUACUAGUACAGUGCCUAAUAUUUUUUUUUUAUAUAGUUUAUUACAAAACGAUUGGUUUUAUUAAACUAUUUUUAAGAAAUUUAUAUUUUACAAUGUAUACAUUUUGCACAAAAAAUUAUUUUAAUUAUUAUUUUAUAAAUAUUGGAAACAAAUUUUUAUAUAUUAUGUUAAUAAAUUUUUAUGAAAGAUUAAUUUAAUCAUGCUUAAAAUCAGAUUUAAUGGAACUAGAACAGGAUGUAAAAUAAAUAUAAAUUGAAACUGUUAUCAGGAAAAAAGUUGUUAUAAAAAUAAACAUCUAUAAAAACAAUAAAUUUUUGAAUAUUACACAAGAACCUUAAUUAUUCAAUUAUGUGUAAUAUAACAAACAUUGAGUUGUUGUCAAGAUAAUGUUAGUUCGGUCCGUCCACAGAAGUCUGUGUAUGCACUACAUUCGGCUUAAUAUCUUCAAAAUUUUUUAUAAAUCAUAAAUACCCUAUAAUAGAAAAUAUGUAUAUUUUCCAUUCAUAUUAUUAUUUGUGUAAGUUUACUAUUCUGUAAUUAUGAAUUGUUUGUUUUAUUUAAAAAAAAACAAAAAAAAAAUGACUAUUGGAUUAAAAAGAACAGGAAUAAGAUUGAUACUUUAAGGAUACUUGACCACAAUAUGAUACAUAAACUAAUAGUCAUUAAUACAAGACCAUAAACACACCAUAAAUUGAUUGAUUUCACACAAAGUUAAAUGUGUGUUAUAAUUAUAAUUUAUACAGAGGAAUUAUAUACUAUACACAUUAUCAUUGUUACCAUGUAGUUUAUAAAGGAUUAUUGAACAGGCGUUAUCAAAUAAAAUAAAAGAUUUAAUAAGA